AUGGACCAGACCCGUGAACUGCAGCAGGCCAUCGAUGAUGAACAGAAGAGACGUGAAGAGUUCAGAGAGCUUUUGUUGAGUUCGGAACGUAAACUGGCCGCUGCCAAACAAGAGCAGGAAGAGCUGAUCGUCAAGCUAGAAGCAAUCGAGCGCGCUCGUCGUGCUGUUGAACAGGCUGUCAAGGAACACCAAGAACAGAACAACGAGCUCAACUCACAAAACUGUGGUCUUGCAGCCGCAAAGAGUCAACUCGACAAUGAAAUAGCACUUCUCAAGAGUGACAUUUCUGAAGCUCAAAUGGAACUGUCCGCUUCGGAGGACCGUGGACGACGUGCUGCCGCCGAUGCAGCUAAGAUGUCUGAGGAUCUGCGACAUGAACAGGAACAUUCCCUACAGGUUGAGCGCUACAAGAAACAGCUUGAGAGUCAAGUGAAGGACAUGCAAGAGCGUGCUGACAUCGCUGAAGCAGCUGUGAUGAAGGGUGGAGCGAAGGCGAUCAUGAAGGCUGAGGCUCAGACUGAGACACGCCGCGCGACAGAAGCGGCGAAAUCGCUUGCUCGUGCUGAUCGCCGAGUACGCGAACUCGAUUUCCAGGUUAACGAGGAUAAGAAGAACUACGAUAAGCUCCAAGAGCUCGUCGAAAAGCUGUCCGGCAAGUUAAAAAUGCAGAAGAAGCAACUCGAAGAGGCGGAAGAGCAGGCCAACUAUCACCUGGCCAAAUACCGUACCGUACAGAUGGCGUUGGAAACGGCCGAAGAACGUGCAGACAGUGCAGAGCAGUGCCUCGUACGAAUUCGAUCCCGUACACGGGCUGUUGUCGAACAAAAAUAG